CGCAUUACGCGUUUGUCUUUAUUGGUCUCUGGAUGGAAUUUCGAGCGGAGGCCGUGAUUGACACUGGAAUAAGGGAGCACUAGUGAAUUCGAAACUGCCAGCAUUUAUAAACAGCGCCACAGCACGGCCCCGGAAGAAAGAUGAGUUCGAUGCGAAGCUUAAUAUUGUUCGCCUGCGCUGUCGUAGUGGUGUGGCCGGGAAGGACACACGCUCAAUCGAACUAUGCCUCGCAGGCCAACAGCAUUGAGUACCAGGGCGAAGGUCUGCCGGAAGAAGCCACCCUGGAUGGAAAGGUUACGAAACUGGACGAUCUAAGCCCGAUCAUCUUCCUUAAUCGAACGAAAGCGAUCCUCAACUGUGCCGCCGGCUUUAUGCAGGUAGAUCUGAAGUUCAACGAACCGUUCUUCGGUAAGGCGUACGCCGAUUACGAUCGCAACAGUGCUUGUCAGACGUCUGGUAAGGGUGAUGUCAGCUACCGCAUCGAUCUUCCACUGAAAGGAUGUGGAACGAAGCAGGGACCUCAACGAGUUUUCACGAACAACAUUGUGGUACGGUUCCAUCCGGGUCUCGAGAUGGAUGGGGACGAAAUCAUCACGAUCGUGUGUCGAUACCCACCACCAGUUGCUCCAAUUCCUGCAGGUCUUCCAGCUCCGAUUAUCAACGAGCCUGCCGUUAUUGAACCACCACUGAAGGGUAUUCAGAUUCUGUUCAUCAUCUGCGCCAUCAUGUUCCUUACGUUGCUCCUGCUCGGUUUGGGAGUAUCCUACUACUGUCUACGCCGUCGUCCGAUUCCGAUCGUUCGUCGUGUGGUGCACGUCGGUAGCGGUUCCGAGAUUACUGCCCUUGAAAGCGGAAGUAUAGGAAGCGUCUCAGGAUUCAAGGUAGCACGAUCGGUUGUUGCCGUGCCGCCUCCGAUUCAGAGCUCUUCCGGUAGCGAAGGCGCUCUGAUCCCGUCGGACUAUCCGAGCGAGUCACAGUCAGAGAACGAGGAGGUGGAGACGGGAUCGCUGCCGGUGAGUUCGCGUGGUAGCAGCAGUGCCUACGAGAAUGGCGCAUAUGUCCACGAUGGAAUGAGUCUUGCUUCGGGCGACCAUCACAUGCAGGCGUACGGACAGACGCAUGAGCUUCAUCUGGCCAGUGCGGCGUUGCCACCAUCGCCCAAGUUCGACAUCCAGGUUCGGGUGAAACGGUCCCCACCACCACCGUCCUCGCUGCCCUCGAUGAGUGGCUCCUCCAUGUCGGACACCGAGAGCAACAGCAGCACGCUCGUGAGCCACGGUGGAGAUCGCAACAACCUGUCGACGAUUCUCGAGACACAGGAAGACCGUGACAGUGUGAUGACCACGGAGUCGAUGGCUGCGGAUGGAGCUCAAUCGCACUUUACCUACGUUCCGGAGCUGCAUACGGUUCCGGCACAUCUCGACUACCCGCCAAGUCCACCGCCGAUGCCGCGCUAUAACACAACGGUAACGACCACGAGCACCAACCGACGCUGGCUGGAGGUACCAGACGGGCCGCGCGCCCACGACACACACUCGCUGACCGAGCUCGUGGACGCGUCGCACCUCUAUCAGCUAACUGGCACGCACGUCACUAGCCAUACUAACCGCGCCGAGGACGCGGUGCAGCAGCUGCCCGAGCCACCGAUCGCAGUGUACAAAAAGCCUGAACUCAAGUCUCACGUUGUAGAUGACCUGUUCCUCACGACCGUCACCGAGCGUACGACCAUCGAGGACGUCGAGCGCCACAAGCGGCUGGUGACGGAAUACAAGGCCCGACCGGUGCCAGUACCCGCCCCGCCGCCACCACCCAUCGAUCCCACGUGGGACGUCACGAUUCGCAACUAUGAGGCGCAACGCCAGCGCCAGUGGGAAGACUUCUCGGAUGUGUCCAGCGCUUCCGGCGCACCAUCGAUUGCAUCGGCCCACAUGCCGGUGCCUUCCUCGACCUACCUGCCGAGCGCGUAUGCGGCUGAUGAGCUGCGUAGCCCCGAACUGGUCGGGAACAUGAAGCCGGUGGACCUGCCGCCGGAGGACCGUUCCGUCUCGAACUGGGACGUGCUGAUCCGGGUAUUGCAGGAGGUCGACAUGCCGGACACAUCCAUCUCAACGGCCGCCCUGCACACCGAUCUGCAUCGCUACCCAUUGCAGCGCCAGCUGAGCUACGACGACAAGCUGAAGUGGAAGGAGAUCAUCACGACUGAAUCGACUCUGCGUACGAUGCUGUCGGAGGCAACGGUUCGAGAGGACUUCGAGCGGAUCCGUUCGGAUGCGCGUUACGAGAACCUGUUCGAGCCACGCUCCUGGGACGUCAUCAUUCGCAUUCUGGCGCCACCGGAGGACGUGGAGUUGCGCCAGUCGAAGCGUAGCAAGAAGCGCGAAACCUGGGACACACGAUCUCGUCGUAGCUCGCUGCCGACGCUGUACGAGUACGAUAGUGACGGUGACUCUUCCGUGCGCACCAUCACGCAGGAGCCACAAUUGGUGGCAGCAACAAACCUCGGUUACGCCGCCCAUGCCGGAUCACUCGCGAGUGGAUCUCGUUCGCGUCGAACCUCUCGUUCUUCGUACAACUCGAACAAUAUCGACAUGCGCUCGAUGUCCGAGGUGAUUGUGGACUUUGGACGGAUGAGCGGUGGUCCGGCCCGUUCCGGAAGUGGUGGUGAACCGUCAGAAGAGGGCAGUUCGUACAUCGUGUCCCACAGCAAGGCUUACUUCGAUGACGAUGACGAUGAGGAGGCACGGUAUGACCAGCGUUCACUGCAACGAUCACUGAGCCACCCGAGCUUGGCUCGCUCGGCUAGUGAGUUCACCGAGCGUUGGAUCAUCCCCGAGGACCAUCUUGAUCUGCGAGCCGAUUCGGAAGCGAACAACUCUUCCGUUUAUGGUUCGGGUACGAUGGACAUGGACACGAGGACGACGUACAUCAAGCAGAGCCGCACGACGGUGAGCCGCGAACGACGCGACAACUGGUAGAAUUGGACGGAGUGCCAGGCGAUGCUUCUCUUAUCUCACGUGCCAAGCCUCCGAUCGGUCGCUCGCUACCAAACUGCUCGUAAUGGUUCCUCUCCACCGACUACUGCCCACUAACACUAACACUGCGAUACCGGAAGAAACCGUUCCUACAUAUUACCACUGCUGCUAAGCGAGCGGCCGAUCGAGCAAAUACAAAAAAUGAAUCCCUGCCCUUGAACAAGGCAAUAGCGACGCGAGCUCAUGAAGACACACGGACAGCAUCGAAACUGCGCGGAUAUCCAGUGUCUUUAAGAGCUUGCGAUAGUUGACUUAAGCGUAGAUAAGAUCGAAAUUGUUUUUUUUAAUGAGGUGCCGAAGGUUCUAAGGGUUCGAAACCGCCCACAUUUACACGAUGGAUGGCAGGCGUUGGAACCCGAACCGUGCAGCAACUACAUAUAAGAGAAUGUUUUACUCGAAUUACUAGCUAAUAACACGACACGCGACGGAUGGCGUGUAGCGAUAAACGACUAAUACCUUUAAUUUUAACCACACAUUCGAAUCACAACACGCAACGCACGGACGCACAGGAGCAAAACGGACGGACCGUACUGGGACCGAAGGGACGAUACCUGUGAUAAACGAAUGAAAUUCUCAACGUCAUGCAACGUAGAUACUACUCGCACUACCCGGCAAUCGUAGCAGGAUAUUAGUCACAGCUAGUAAGAAACCGUUUUUAGCGCAUAUUUGUAUUGCAUCGGCCGUCGACCGUUGACUCCACGGUUGUGUUAGAAUGUGUAGCAAUUAAGUGGAUGGAACGCGGCGCAAUCUUCGGUACAACGUAAGGGUGGAGGUUAAAUGGGAAUUGAUUUUAUGCUUUUAUACGAACUACCGCCUUAGUAAUGUAGUUUAGCGCAUGGAUGGAGUUUACACUUACACAUCGAGCUCACAUCCCCGUACAGACUCGCUGAAUAAACUAACACUCAUAUCUC